CAAAGAAAGAGACAGAGGAGGAGAAAUGAGGGUGAGAGAUAGCAGCGUUGCAGUGAGAGUGAGCGAGCGAGCGCCCUGCCUGCCUUUGCAGCGAGUGUUUACUCCACUUUUCCUGAGAGCCGGUUAUCUUCCCUCUGCGUGAGUCAUGGAAGUGAUUUAGGUGAGUGGAGCGGCGCAGAGCGGCAAGCGAGAGCCACAGAUCUGUUUGUGUGUCUGCGCCGUGGGCAGGCGGUCUCAUUUUAUGAUCACGGAUCCAUGCCAGUCCACAGAAUCCUCCCACAAACAACAUACGACCUGACCACAUCAGCAGGCAGUGAGAGGCGUGAUCUCGAGGCUAAUGUGGAGUCAGUGGAGAAGAUGAGGUGUUUCAGGAAACGAUCCAUGUUCCCCUUCCUCGGCUUCCUCAUCACCUUUCUGCUAUUUUUUAACCUUUAUAUGGAUGAUGGAUAUGUGCUGGAGGCUGAAAAAAGACAGCUGGGAGAGACAUUGAUGCAUCCUGCAAACUCUGAAAGAUACGUACACACAUUCAGAGAUCUAUCCAAUUUCUCUGGGACUAUCAAUGUGACGUAUCGGUACCUUGCAGGAAUUCCUUUGCCACGUAAAAAGUAUCUGACCAUUGGCUUGUCAUCUGUCAAGAGGAAAAAGGGGAAUUAUCUUCUGGAGACGAUCAAGUCUAUCUUUGAUCAGUCUAGUUACGAGGAGCUCAAAGAGAUUGUGGUUGUGGUCCACCUGGCAGACUUUGACCUGGUUUGGUGUGAGAACCUGGUGCAGGAAAUCACCAGGAAGUUUGCUCACCACAUCAUAGCUGGACGCCUCCUGGUGAUUCACACUCCAGAGGAAUACUAUCCAUCUUUGGAUGGACUGAAAAGGAACUACAAUGACCCAGAGGACCGGGUCCGUUUCCGCUCUAAGCAGAACGUGGACUACGCCUUCCUCCUCAACUUCUGCACAAACCUCUCUCACUUCUACAUGAUGUUAGAGGAUGAUGUGCGCUGUUCCAGGAACUUCCUGACGGCGCUGAAGAAGGUGAUCACCUCCAGAGAAGGUUCCUACUGGGUGAUGCUGGAGUUCUCCAAGCUGGGAUACAUCGGGAAGCUGUACCACUCCAAAGACCUCCCUCGUCUGGCUCAUUUCCUCCUCAUGUUCUACCAGGAAAUGCCCUGCGACUGGCUCCUCAUCCACUUCAGGGGUCUGUUGGCCCAGAAAGACGUGAUCCGCUUCAAGCCCUCGCUGUUCCAGCACAUGGGCUACUACUCUUCUUACAAAGGAGCAGAGAACAAGCUGAAGGACGACGACUUUGAGGAAGACUCCAUAGACAUUCCUGACAACCCUCCUGCCAGCCUCUACACAAACAUCAAUGUCUUUGAAAACUAUGACGCCACCAAGGCUUACAGUAGUAUUGUUGAUGAAUAUUUCUGGGGGAAGCCUCCGUGCACUGGAGAUUUCUUUGUCUUAAUCUUUAAUAAAUCAACUAAAAUCAGCAGAAUUAAAAUUGUGACUGGCACAGAGGACAGACAAAAUGACAUUCUUCACCACGGAGCUCUUGAAGUUGGACAGAGGUCUGUGGAAACUAAACAGGGAAGGCAGUGUUCAUCCUACAUCACGUUAGGAGAGUUUAAAGGUGGAAGCAUUGAGGUUACCAAUGUGGACCACAAGAUUGGCUUUGACAUUGAGUGUGUACGAAUAGUCAUCACCGCCAGUCAAAAAGAGUGGCUCAUCAUAAGAACUAUCAGUUUAUGGACCACACAACCUGUAGGCCAGUUUAAAAAGUAACAGAAAACGUUUUUAAAUCAUCAUCUGUAUGUACAGUAUUAAUUUUGGAUGCUAUUGCUACAAGUUCAUUUUGGACUACUUCUGGGAUUCCAGCAAUCCAUAUUUUCUUGGGUUGUUCAGAGAUCUACUGUAUGUUUUCAACGUGAUGUAUUAAAAUGACCUGUACAAUAUGGAGCCUUUAUACCUAUGUUCAUUUUCCUAAACUGAAUGUCUCUGUAUACAAUUGUUCAUACUUGACUGCGAUCUUUUCUGUUCUAGUAAAAAAGGGCAUUGCACAGAUUCUAAACUUCAAACUGUUGAACUUGACUCUUGUAAAUGUGCUGUUUGUUUGUUUUUUUAGUUAAGACAUUUUUAUAGAUGUCUUAAAUAACUGCCCACAUUAUUUUGUAAAAUACACAAAUAAAGUGAAAUGAAUGAA